AUGGUGAGGAGAGAUGACUGUCGACAAGACGGAUUGUACGAGGUCCCACGAAUGAAGGCCCCUGCGGCCAUCAUGGAGACCAACGAGUAUCAAGAAGCACAUGGAUACUUUAUCGCCAAAUCGAAGAUUGUUUGCUCAUUCUUUCCCAAACACGUUGCACUGAUGUUAGUUGUGUUUAACACGUAUGAUUAUCGCAACAGCUUACCUGUGGUGGAACAUGCUUUCCAAAACUCAUUAGUUGGCUCAUUGGAGCAAUGGAUGAACGGAUCUACGGACAUGAAUGAACGCAGUAUAGGAGGCCCUCCAGCGUCACACUUUGCCUACCAGCUUAUGCGUAUCCGUGUUGGUUGGAGGGCGACCAUUCAGGAAGGUGCUCCUAUCGUCAUGCUUGGUGCAGCAUCAGUACGAAAUCACGAGCUCGUGUGCUAUUAUGGGGAACAAGCGAGAGACAUUGGAACAAAGCUCACUAGAGCCUCUAGUGGGUUCACCAUUGUUAAGAAAGAUGGAGCAACCACGUUCGAAUUGGUCAAGCGUAAAGCGAGGCCUGAAGACUCAGGACAUUAUACCUGUAAGCUAUCAAGACUGGCUGUUCUCCAGCGUCAUCUAGUUGUUCUCCCUCGUGCUCUCCGUAUCGGCAUGUUCAUUGACCGCGCUCUUCCUCAGGUGAACAGAACUCUUCGGGAUAAUUGGAAACAAAUCUCCAACACAGUCCCAUUCGUGUACACAGAUCAAGAACUCUUCGUUCAUUGCUCCCAUUCGCUGACCGAUCACUUUACCCAACAUCCUGAAGUUCGGUUUUAUUCAGUUGUUCUACACGGAGAUGACCAAAGUCCCAGUGAGAUGGCA